UGUACCGCAACCAUAUCCUACUGGCGACGGCUGGCUAUGUCUUCUCAGGGAUCAAGUCCUCUCAGUCAAGAAAAGGUCAUCAUCUCUGAGAAUUCUCGGCGGCGCGCUAUCGCAGAUGUGAUAUCAAAAACAUACCCAUCCUUUGACCAUCGGGCGACUGUCGUAGAGCCAUUCGACAGCGAGUCGCGGAGAGACGUCGAGUUCCUAGAAAAGCUGAACGUCAUGCUACUGGAACUGAUGCUGGAGUUUCACGCAUGGUCAACGGCCCGCCCCGCGCAUGAAAGCGACACAACUGCAGACGCGCUGGAGAAAGAGGUGAAGACGGUCAUUGAGCUCGAGAAAGAACAAGAGAAAACUCGGCAACGUCUCAACGAAUUUGUAACCCGGAUCAAGCUCGCGCUCGCUGCUCUGACUGGUCUCUCUGGAUGAACUGUCGCGUAUCUCGGAUGUCGUCUCGGAAUGCUCUGUGGUCUGCUCUGUUCACUACUGUAUUGUAGCCCCUAGUUCAGCUGCUCAAUGGACCCUGCUUUCAUCU